CCUGUUCCUGCUCCUCCCAGCUCAAAGAUGGCAGCCAUGGGACAGAGAUGAGAGACGACAUAAAUUUAGGAGUUUUGUCAUGAAACCUUAUUGGGAUGUACAGCUGUUACAUGCGUGGUUCUGACAUGACAACGAGAUCAUUUGUCAUUGCCAAUGUGUCGUCUUACGAAGACAAUUAAAGGAUUCAGAAAUACCAUGUUUUCCUGUGGGCAAAGCUAGCAAGCAACGGUUAGCAAAUAAAUGAACUUGUCUCUUCUGCCAUACAAGAAGAAAGCAGCUGCUCUGCAUACGGUGUAUUGACAUCUUGCAAGCAUUUCAUUAUGGCCAUCACUCAGUUCCGCCUUUUCAAGAUCUGCACAUUUCUAGCCAGCUUGCUUUCUUUCUUUAAAAGGUUGAUAUGCAGGAGUGGAAGGGGCCGCAAGCUCAGUGGUGAUCAAAUAACUCUCCCGACAACAGUGGAUUUUUCAUCAUCGGUUCCAAAACAGCCAGAGAUUGAAGAAUGGAGCUCUUGGGAUGAAGAGGCACCUACGAGUAUUAAGAUUGAAGGUGGCAACGGAAACCUUUCCCCUACACCCAGUGAGUUAGACGAAGAGCCCGACUACUUCAAAGACAUGGCCCCCACCAUCAGGAAAACACAGAAGAUAUUGCUGAAGAAAAGGGAGCCUUUGAACUACCCGGUGCCUGACGGCUCAGCAGGUUUCUCCAGCAGACUGGCAGCCUCUCAGGAUAUGAUGACCUUCAGUCCACCCUCAGCUGAACUGGGAGAAAUGGACAACUGGCAGGGGGAUGCUAAUGCCUGGGAGGAUGAGUCUGAUGCUGCCUGGGAGGCAGAGGAGGUGCUCAGACAACAGAAGAUGGCUGAGCGAGAAAAGCGCUCCAUGGAGCAGCAAAGGAAGAAGAUGGAGAAAGAGGUUCAGAGGAUGAUGAAGAAGGAGCAGAAGAUUGCCGUCAAGCUCUCGUAACAUUUUAGAAAUGCUCAGUUUUGAGCCAAAGGGGUAGGGGGGGCAAAGACACUAAAUAAUUCGUUAUUAUGUCUUUGAAGUCAUCAAACCGGCAAGGAUUAUCACCCUACAUUACUUAUCUGUUAGCAAACUAUCCUCCUCCACCCUGUUUCCACCAGCAGCCAUUUUAGUCUGUUUUCAAGCUGCAGCAGUGUAAAAUGCAUCAUCCUUGAGGGCAGAUAACACACCUGGUGUACUGGCUGUUCAUGUGGCAAGGUCAUUCUGGUUUUCAAGCGAUAUUUAUACAAUCCAGUUCAUCUUAGGUUAAAGGUUAGAUUCAGCAUUAAAAGGCGCCAUUUAGAUUUGGAUUAAAUCUGUCAGGUAGGGUAGAAAAAUUUUCAAUUUUGGUUUUUCCCAGGAACAUUUGUAAAUAAACAAGUACCUGUGCUACCUUUUGAAACUCAAAUAGGGAGUGCAAUUUCUUUUCUUUGUCUUAUUUAUAACCUCAAAGGACAAAGGAGUGUAAUUAAUUUUAGGCAUCACUGUAUACCAGUGACAUCCCUUGGUUUGCUUGAUUAUUGGGUUUUUAUAUUUAUGUCUUUCAUUGUCUGAAAACAGAUUUUUUUUCUAAUGAAUGUUGCUUGAUAUUUCACAUUAUCUCCCUGUGCUGUGCAGCCCUUACUACACUGGAAAUCUGCAUUAAAAUGAAGGCUGAAGAUUUUCAAUGUGAGUAUGGAUAAAUGACCAUAGACUAGAAUCUAGCCCAACUAUAAAUGUUAGCUGUGGGUUCCUAUGGUAAUCUCAUGGCUACUGAUCUGCCAUUCAUUAUCCUCCUUUGUCAGCUUUCCAUAUUGAAGGAAAAUAUCCAGUGAUCAUGGCAUUGAUUUUAUUUUCCGGGGGGAGGGAGUGUUACUUUGCUCUUAAAUAGUUGAUAGGCUCACAGCGCAGACGCUGUCUUUAUAAAACAUGGAUCACUAUCACAGUGUAAUCUCAGACUGGUUACCUUGGCCAAUAAGAACAUGAAAAAUAUUAAUUACAAUUCUUGCUUCUUUUCUCAUCUGAAAAUGCAAGGCUAACAGUUGAAAUGAAUGGUUUUGACUGAGUAUCCUGUUAUGCAUCAUUAUAAUGAAAUUACCAGUCAGUGUUAGAAAAAGUACUAGUGCCAAUAGGCAAGCUGUUGUCAUGGAAACAUUUGCAGGUGAAGAAAGAAAUAUGCAGACAUGAUACAAUAUGUCUCUGGUCUAUGACAUCUCAUAAAUGACUUGGCUGGAGGUGAGGGAGGCAAAUUUCUAUACUGACUGUUACAUUUGGAAAAGCUCUGCAAGCUAUUUGAUGCUUCUAAAGAAAUACUGGGUUAAUGUUAUCAAGCAAUGAUUAUUGACACACUCAGGUGCUGAUUCUGUUAAAACUUAAAAGAUAAAAUGACUGAUUGGUGCAUGAUCAUGUUGAAGAUUUUAAGCAGGUGUUUAUUUUAAGGGAAUUCAAGUACAUGGAUUUGUGUUUUCUUUGGAAAUGCUCUUUUCCCACCUUUUUUCAUUGAGAAAAGCUGCAUGUUCUGUUUUGUCAUUUUGCACAUUUAAGUUUUCCAAAAAUGAAUCGCAGAGAACCCCUUGUUCUUCACCCAUUUUUUAUCAUCGAUGUGUAAGACUUCAUGUUCUAAAAAUUUGUCAUGGUUGAGCAUAAACCAGUUCACAUGCUCAAUCAAUCCAGAAGGUUUGGCAGAUUGUAUGCCUGCUGUAUUAGUCCUACACAGGUUUUUAAUAAAAUUAUUUGAUUCAUACCUCUAGAGGUGAAUAACUUUG